CAUCCCUCGCGCACACCGCGUCAAGGCACCCCUCGCACGCCGAUGCUGCCGCACGCCGUUCGCACUGCCAGCCGGCGCGGCUUCCACGCGACCGCUGCGCCGCCAGCCAGUGCGCAGCGCAAGGCGGCCGCCCGUGCCGCUGGGCGUGGCAAGGCGGGCGCUCCCGCUCGGCCUCGCCCCCGCCCACAGCAGCAGUACAGCAGUGGCGGGCAUGGCGGCGCCAACUUCUUCCGUCGAGAAGCGCCGCCGCAUCGUAUGCGCUCCGAGCCGCAUCGAGCUCGGCAGCCGCAGCAUCCGCCGCAAGAGCCACGCCUGACGCUGCGCCAAGCCGAGCGCGCCGUUCGCGCCGAUCUCGCCUCGCUUUCCCGGCGCCUCUCCGACGCCACACAACGACAGACUGCCGAUGCUGCUGCUGCAGAACUGCCGCCACUGGAUGAAGAGACACUCGAGACGGUGUAUCAGGCUUUACAGAUGCCCGAGCCACCAGAUGCAGAGACGCAGCGUCUUGCGGCGCGCGAGGCUCAGCGCGUUCGCAUCGCAGCUGCAACGAUGCAGGCACGACGCAUGCUGCCUCGCCCGGCAGGCAGCGAUGCGGGCCUGGCGCAGCUCUCACCAAGUCAGAGCCAUGCGCUGCGUCUGCACUCGCGCCUCGAGGCGCUCGUCACUCGCCUGGGCGAGAUGGAUCGAGGCGUAGGAACAAGCGGCGGCGCGGCUGCUCUCGAGGGCCUGGCGGCUGAGCGUCUGGCGCUGGCAGAUCGAGUCGGCGACUUGCUCGAGGCGCGUCGAGCUGCUGGCUCGCAAGCUGCACCUGCUCUCGAUGUGCCGGAGGAAGAGACAGCAUCUGCGUCCCUGGAGCAGCACGUCUCUUUCGAUGCCGUCGAACUGGUCGCCGCGCCGCGACACACAGCGGUGCAGGCUAUGCCCGAGGCCAAGGCCCUCUUUACAUCCUCAGAGGCGCGCAAUGCGCUGCUCGACAAGGUGGAGCAGAUGGUGCAGCAGCUGCCACAAGUCGCGGGCGAGGCGCUGCCGGCGGGACUGGUCGGCGGCGGAGAGUGGAGGGCGUUGGCGGUCGCGAGCGCCGUCGACAUGGACGACGAAGCUCUGAGCCGAUGCAUCGAUCUCAUGCGGCGAUCUGGCGCACCGAGGGAUACCUCCUUCUUCAAUGCGCUGCUGGACGUGUACGCCGAACGAGGCCAAACGGAGCGCUGUGCGGCUGUGCUGAGCGUCAUCAAGGCCAACCAACUUGAGCCCGACCUGCACACGCACCAUUGCAUGGUCAAGGCGCACAUCAAGAACGACCGGCUCAACGUAGCGCUGGCCACGCUCAACGAGCUCGAAGAAUCCACCCCCGCGAGCAUGGCCACCUACACGAUGGUGCUGACCGCGCUCCUCUCUGCGCCUCGCGCUGCUCAACCUACCUUCUGGUCGCUCUUCCACCGCAUGCGCCUCUCAGCGCACCCCGUGCCCGAUGCGCCUCUCUACGCCGUCGCGAUUCACGCGUGCGCCCAAGGCAUUCCGAACCCUGGCGAGCCAGGUGCAGCCGAAGCCGACGCCGAGCGCGCACUGGAUCUCUUUCGCGAGAUGACGACGCACCACGGCAUCCGGCCCACAGCACAGACGUACAAUGCGCUCAUGCUGGCGUGCGCCAAGCGACGCGACAUGCUGCCCGAGGCCUUCCGUCUUCUGCGCGAGAUGGUCGAGCUGGAGCGCACGCGUCUCCGAGCCCUCAGUCACGAUGCAGAAGCGCACGACGCGGCCUCUCUGACGUGCUUCGCGCCCGAUCGGCAAACGUACAACGCCUUGCUGCUCGGCUGUGCGCGCGCAGGAGACCUGCCUCAGGCGAGGUGGAUCCUCGCAGAGAUGCUUCGCUCGGCUUCGGCACUCUGGGAGGAGAACAUGCAUCGACCAGGAGCGAGGCUUUCAGCUGAAGAAGCACUGGAGGUGGAGGGUAGGCGACCGGACGCGGCCUCCCUCACGCACCUCUUCCAAGCCUAUGCGAGCUACAAGCCGCCGCUCAAGCUCGCGAGUCUGCGCCAGGCCGCGCAACAGCCGGCUGCAGCCAAGUCGACCGCAGGCGAGCCAGCUGUGACGGCAGACGAAGAGCGCGACUCGCUCGAGCUUGCCGGCGCAGAGGAGGAGACGGCAGCCAUUACGACGCCCUCCGCCGACGAGGCGGCGCAAAGCUUCACGCCGCGCGUGCCGCAGACGUCCGCCGAGGUGCUGAGCGAGGUGCGAGGGCUCAUGGGCCGCAUCCUCGCCGACCUCGAGGGCGGCUCGGGGCUGCUCGCCAACGUGCGCCCCUCGGCGCAGCUCCUGCACGCCUAUCUCUCUGCGCUCUGCGAGCAUCUGCCGCGCCCCGCGUGCCUCGCCACGGUGCGCAAUGCCCUGUUUGGCAAUGGCGACGACGACAAGUCGCUCUUUGCGCGCCUGGGCGUGGAGCCCAAUGGCCACACCUACGAGCUGGUGCUCGCGCAGUGCGCCGCGGCUCCGGAGGGCACGGCGCCUGAUCGUCUGGCCGCGCAGGCCUGGAGCGACUGGCGUGCCCUCGAAGACGCGCAUCCACGAGCCAAGCUCAUGCCACGCACGGCCAAGAAGCUCGGCCUCGAGGAACGCACCGUCUCGCGCAUCUGGGCAGCCAUGAUCCGCUGCCACGCCAAAGCAUCGCGUCUAGACGAAGCACUCGCCUUGCUGCACGACUUUACUGCACGCUACCCGGCGCCGCCGCGUCCCGGCACGCCGACGGCUCGCGCGCCUCUGAGCUCGCUGCUGGGGCCCGUGACGGGCGGCGAGCUGGCUCUGGCCACGGGAGGCGCCGUCACGCCCUCGCCGCGCCUUAACUUUGCCGCCCUCGAGCUGCUGCAUCAUCGCCUCGUGGCCGCCGAGCGCCCCAAGGAUCUCGCCUUCGUAGGAUGGGUCGUGCACGCCUACUCGGCCAGCGCCAAGCCUCGCGUCGCGGUGCGCAAGCCGCCUCUGCCUACGGACGAGCUCUUUGCGCCACAGCCGCCGCCGAGAGGUCAGCAGGCGGAAGUGCGCGUGUGGUAGAUGACAUGGACAUGACGGAGCUGGCCUGAAUGUGUGGUGUGUGUGUGACAGACUCUCUUGGUGAUGAGAUGAUGGACGGUUG